AUGGAUGCUAGCAGUCUCGGGGCUUACUUAGUUCUCAACAGAUUUGUGCGAUUAUCAUCCCUACGUACUCAUCCUAUGAUCAAACAUUUGCGUUCUCUCAUCUUAGAAUCAAAGCUGUUCAGAGCCGUUUAUAAAUGUGAACUGUCCACUUGGUCGGUCUUGCAAAAAGUAGCCGGAUUUGUUCAAUCCAAAGAUUUUGAAUGA